AUGUCGGGCGAAAAGUCCCGUGACGGCGAGCAGAUCGAGCCACCUGCGACUCGCACGAAAAUCCCCUACUGGAGACUCAUCAUCGACCAGGGUGUUGUUACCCCAGAAAUCAUCAACUAUCCGUACUCCGGCUCCGGAACGGAAGAUGAUCCAUACUCAGUAUCAUGGAUCCCGGAUGACCCUCGUAACCCCAUGCUUUUCAGCGAGGUCGAGAAAUGGACCUAUACAAUGCUGGUCGCAUUUGCGACGCUGGCUGUUUCGCUAGUCUCUUCUGCAUAUACAGGUGGUGUUCUGGAGAUUGAGCAGGAUUUCGGGAUCGGAAAUGAAGUGGCCACCCUCGGUGUGUCAUUGUUCGUCUUGGGUUUCGCUAUCGGUCCCCUUCUCUGGGCUCCUCUGAGUGAGCUGUUCGGUCGCCAGCUCCUUUUUACCACCACCUAUGCUGGUCUGACCGCGUUUAACGCUGGUGCCGCCGGUGCGCAAAACUCCUGGACCCUGAUCAUUCUCCGUUUCUUCGCUGGCGCCAUCGGGUCUUCGCCUCUGACCAAUGCCGGUGGUGUGAUUGCCGAUAUGUUCCCCGCAAAGCAGCGUGGUGUGGCUAUGAGUAUGUUCGCCGCUGCGCCUUUCCUGGGCCCUGUCAUAGGUCCCAUUAUUGGUGGAUUUCUGGGGAUGAACGCUGGUUGGCGGUGGGUCAUGGGAUUCCUCGCUGCCUUCUCAGGCGCCGUGUGGAUCAUGGGUAGCGUGUUGAUUCCAGAGACCUAUGGGCCCGUACUUCUUCGCCGCCGUGCGGCGAGGCUGUCGAAGCUCUCUGGAAAGGUCUACCGGAGCAAGACGGACAUUGAGCAGGGUAGAGUUGCCCUUGGAGAAGCAUUCAAGAUCGCUCUAUCGCGCCCUUGGAUUCUUCUUUUACGUGAGCCCAUCGUCUUCCUGCUGUCUCUUUACAUGGCUAUCAUUUACGGUACACUGUAUAUGCUGUUCGCUGCAUUCCCAAUCGUCUACGAGGAGCACCGGCACUGGAACCAGGGUGUUUCCGGUCUGGCUUUCCUCGGAAUCAUGGUUGGUAUGCUUCUUUCUGUGGCCUACUCUCUGUGGGACAACAAGCGUUAUAUUAAGACCGAAGAGGCCCACGGAGGUUUCGCGCCUCCAGAGGCUCGUCUACCUCCCACCAUGCUUGCGUGCACCGCGAUUCCUAUUGGCCUUUUCUGGUUCGCGUGGACGAACUACCCUUCGAUCCAUUGGAUGGCCAGUAUCGCGGCUGGUGUUCCCUUUGGUUUCGGAAUGGUCCUGGUGUUCCUUGGCAUUAUGAACUACCUCAUUGACGCAUAUACCAUCUUUGCCGCAUCUGUCCUGGCCGCCAACUCUGUCCUGCGUUCUCUCUUCGGUGCCGCUUUCCCUCUGUUCACCACCUACAUGUACAACAACCUGGGAAUUCACUGGGCGUCCAGCAUCCCCGCGUUCCUGGCUCUUGCCUGCGUGCCGUUCCCCUUCUUGUUCUACAAGUACGGCCCUGCGAUCCGUGUGCGCUGCAAGUUCGCGGCCCAGUCUGACCAAUUCAUGCGUUCGAUGAUGGAGGGCAUGAAGUCUGCCCCGGCUAAAGAAGAGGAGACCGAAACCUUCGAUCGCACGGAAGGCCCCCGCACCAGCACAGGAUGA